UUCCUGUCUUUCAAUCAUGUUUUCACGACGUAUUAAUCUCAUAUGGGAGACAGUUUCUUUAUCCGGUAAAAAUUUGCCAAACAAUGGAAAAAGAUAUUUUGGGUCAAGUGGCGCAUGCGCAUGGUUGACAUAGUAUGCAUGUGACAUCACUGUGUACUUGAUAGUACGUAUAUAAGUUUAUUUCCGAGUUAGACGCUCAUAAUCAACCAUCCAUGCACACUUGUAGUAAAUAGUUCAGAAUAUUUUGGGUGACAGUACUUCGGAUUAAGUUACCAUGGAUAACAGACAUUGGCAGUAUUAUAACCCUAAUCCGUACUAUCACCCCCACCACAAUCAUCACCCUCACAUGAACCCUCACCACCGGCCGUACUCAAUCCCUGCGUCCUAUGUAAGCGGCAUCACCUCCCAGGCUACAUCCUCCGGUCUCACCCCCACAACGCUGUCCAACUUGGAACAAACCUUCAUCGAGCUCCAGUCAGUCCCCACAAACUUAUCCUCCGGCCAAGACCCCCUCACCCAGAGCGGUUUCGUCCCGCCCAUUGUGGAUCCCGCCGGAAGCGAUCGGUCUUCGGAUAGAUAUGAUUACUCCGAUUUGAGUGAUGCUGACUGGGGUCCUGCGGUCAAACGGGGGAGAGGUCCUGAUGGUCAAGACCUUACCGCCUAUGACAUGACUACUAGUGUAGGAGGUGGAAGGAAAAGAAGUAAAAGGGAUGAAAAAGUAAGUCCCGAGGAGGAAGAGAGAAGAAGAGUCCGAAGAGAACGAAACAAAUUGGCAGCAGCGAAAUGUAGACAGCGACGGGUGGAUCACACCAACAGGCUUAUUCUGGAAACAGAAAAGCUUGAAAAAGAGAGAGAAUCUAUCGAAGCUGAUAUCCAAACUCUGCAGCAACAGAAAGAUCAGCUGGAGUUUGUACUCCAGGCACAUCAACCUCUGUGUAAAGUAGACAGCGCCCACUCCGCAAUCAAAGUGAAAUCCGAAAACUCUCUCAACCAUUGUGCCAGUCUGAAACAUCCCGUGUCGUCUGCUAGCUCCAGCGUGCGACCUAGCACUCUUCCUCUCAUCAAACGUGAGAAGAAGGACACGGAUGUUUCCGUUAGUUCUGCCACUGGAAUUCCAAUCACGACGCCCUCUAGUGGCUUCCUGUUUACUUUGGACAAUAUGGUGGACCACACGGGUCUUACACCCAUUACAAAUGGACCUUCUUCAUGCAGCAGUGAAGUGAACAGGACUUCUAGUGAAAGUAAUUCCGAAAGUGCCAGUUCGCCAACAUUAAUUUCUUUGUAAAAAUCCAUAUAAUAAACGCAUCAUCCAUCGCCUCUUUAAAGUCAACGAUUGCUUCAUUUUCAUUUUUGUUUGGCUGCAGGACAGUUUUUUCUGUUACAUUUCGAUGCUUGCCACCUGUUUUUUUUUUUUUAUUAUUCUUGCAUCUCCAAAGCCAGUCUGUCUAUAUGUAAAUGUUAUAUAUUUUUGUGUAAAUGAUAUUUAUUUUUAUGCACGUACAAGUAAGGCGUUCAGAAUUUUAUGACCGUUUUGGUUUUUCUGCCAUUGUGUUCCUAGGUCCUUUGGGUAUAUGUAUCGAGCGCGUCUGGUGCUUCCGUUUUCUGUUUUGUACAUAGUUACAGUGGAACUUUUUGUUCCCUACUAUUUAUACUUUUUGUAUAUUUUGAAUAAAGAUAUGUGAAAAUAAA